GACCGCCAGCGUCCCACAAUCCUCUUCUUCGGUUCCUCUUUCCUCGCUCAAGAUGGCGCUGCUCGCGAUACAUUCCUGGCGCUGGGCAGCUGCGGCGGCUGCUUUCGAAAAGCGCCGGCACGCGGAGAUUCUGUUUCGGCCUCUAGUCUCUUUCCGGGGCCCAGGUCCGCAGUGGAGGUCACGUCAGCUCCGCGGCUCGGGAACUGCUGGAAUCUCUCAGAUCUCAGAGUUAUUAAGACAUACUACAUGGCAGAGACUAGGAAAAGGCAAUUCAAGAGAGUUAUUAGAUGCUACAAGGGCUCUCCAGGCAUGGCCACUGAUAGAAAAGAGGACAUGUUGGCAUGGUCAUGCAGGAGGAGGACUCCACACAGACCCGAAAGAAGGGUUAAAAGAUGUUGAUACUCGGAAAAUCAUAAAAGCAAUGCUCUCUUAUGUAUGGCCCAAAGACAGACCAGAUCUACGAGCUAGAGUUGCCAUUUCCUUGGGAUUUUUAGGUGGAGCAAAGGCCAUGAAUAUUGUGGUUCCCUUCAUGUUUAAAUAUGCUGUAGACAGCCUCAACCAGAUGUCGGGAAACAUGCUGAACCUGAGUGAUGCACCAAAUACAGUUGCAACCAUGGCAACAGCAGUUCUGAUUGGCUAUGGUGUAUCAAGAGCGGGAGCUGCCUUUUUUAAUGAAGUUCGAAAUGCAGUAUUUGGCAAGGUAGCCCAAAAUUCAAUCCGAAGAAUCGCCAAAAAUGUCUUUCUCCAUCUUCACAACCUGGAUCUGGCUUUCCACCUGAGCAGACAGACAGGAGCUUUAUCAAAGGCUAUUGACAGAGGGACAAGGGGUAUUAGUUUUGUCCUGAGUGCUUUAGUAUUUAAUCUUCUUCCCAUCAUGUUUGAGGUGACUCUUGUCAGUGGUGUUUUGUAUUAUAGAUGUGGUGCCCAGUUUGCAUUGGUGACCCUUGGGACACUUGGUGCAUACACAGCAUUCACAGUUGCCAUCACACAGUGGAGAACUAAAUUUAGAAUAGAAAUGAACAAAGCAGAUAAUGAUGCAGGCAAUGCUGCCAUAGACUCGCUGCUGAAUUAUGAAACUGUGAAGUAUUUUAAUAAUGAAAAUUAUGAAGCACAAAGAUAUGAUGGAUUUUUGAAGACAUAUGAAGCUGCUUCAUUGAAAAGUACCUCUACUCUGGCUAUGCUGAACUUUGGUCAAAGUGCUAUUUUCAGUGUUGGCUUAACAGCCAUAAUGGUGCUCGCCAGUCAGGGAAUUGUGGCAGGUACCCUUACUGUUGGAGAUUUAGUAAUGGUGAAUGGACUGCUUUUUCAGCUUUCAUUACCCCUUAACUUUCUGGGAACUGUAUACAGAGAGACUAGACAAGCACUUAUAGAUAUGAACACCUUGUUUACUCUACUCAAGGUAGACACCCGAAUUAAAGACAAAGCGAUGGCAUCUCCCCUUCAGAUCACACCACAGACAGCUACGGUGGCCUUUGAUAAUGUGCAUUUUGAAUACAUUGAGGGGCAGAAAGUCCUUAAUGGAAUAUCUUUUGAAGUCCCUGCAGGAAAGAAAGUGGCUAUUGUAGGAGGUAGUGGGUCAGGGAAAAGCACAAUAGUGAGGCUAUUGUUUCGCUUCUAUGAGCCUCAAAAGGGUAACAUUUACCUUGCUGGUCAAAAUAUACAAGAUGUGAGCCUGGAAAGCCUUCGGAGGGCAGUGGGAGUGGUACCUCAGGAUGCUGUCCUCUUCCAUAAUACCAUUUACUACAACCUCUUAUAUGGAAACAUCAGUGCUUCACCCGAGGAAGUAUAUGCAGUGGCAAAAUUAGCUGGACUCCAUGAUGCAAUUCUUCGGAUGCCACAUGGAUAUGACACUCAAGUAGGGGAACGAGGACUCAAGCUUUCAGGAGGAGAAAAGCAAAGAGUAGCAAUUGCAAGAGCCAUUUUGAAGAACCCCCCAGUCAUUCUGUAUGAUGAAGCUACUUCAUCAUUAGAUUCAAUUACUGAAGAGACUAUUCUUGGUGCCAUGAGGGAUGCAGUGAAACAUAGAACUUCUAUUUUCAUUGCACACAGAUUGUCAACAGUGGUUGAUGCAGAUGAAAUUAUUGUCUUGAACCAGGGUAAGGUAGCUGAACGUGGUACCCACCAUGAUUUGCUUGCUAACCCUAGCAGUAUCUAUUCAGAAAUGUGGCAUACACAGAGCAGCCGUGUGCAGAACCAUGAUAACCCCAAAUGGGAUGCAAAGAAGGAAAAUGUGUCCAAAGAAGAAGAAAGGAAGAGACUACAAGAAGAAAUUGUCAACAGUGUCAAAGGCUGUGGAAACUGUUCCUGCUAAGUCAUAUGAAACAUUUUCUUUUCUUCCUUCAUCCUUCCCUUACUCACUCACUCCCUCCCUCUCUCAUUUCCUUCCUUCCUUCCUCUUUUUACCUUGACUACACAUUUGCACUGAAGCAGAAUUGUUUUAUUAAAAAAAAAUCAGACAUUC